AUGAUGAUGAUGGGCCAAUGGAAGAGCAAAGACACCGAUAUGGACCCCUUUAUACAGCCUGACAACUAUGAUUCUUCUAGUUCGAGUUUUGUUUUGCUGUCAUGUAGGAGAUUUGAUGCUGGCCUAGUAAAGAGACAUCAUAUCACUGUAUUGGAACAAGCUGUUGAUGUCUACUCCAAUGAGUUUAUAAGGUUUAUCACCUUCUUGAGGAACAAUGAUGAUUUCAAAGAAAUCAGUGUUGCAGCUGGGAGCUCUCAUGAGGUGGAGUACAUAAAUCCUUCAGGCCAAAAGACCGUCGUAAGGUGUAAGGUGGAUUGCAUCCCACCGGUUGUCGAGCCUGCUGAAUCGAGGAGUGAAGUGGAAGGAUAAGUAAAUUCUUUUUUUACCAUCAGGACUUUAUUGUUUGUGAUAUUACUCGAGAUAUCUUCCCUCUCUCCUUUCGGUCUGAGAGAAAAGGGUGUUUGAUUUGGGGAUGGGUUUGUAUCUUGCUGGCCCUGCCCUUAUUUCCCCGUAGGGAAGAACGUGUGUUGUGUGAGACGUUUGCCUGUAGUCUUCUCUGUUGUAUACUGGAUUGUCUCUUGGUUAAAUUCACUAGCGUUCAGGCAUUGACACACAUAAACUAAUCAACAUUUGGUUUCUUAUACUUGCUCUUCUUCUGCACCUGCGCGUUGUCUUUACCCUGACCUUACUGAACACUGAAGGAUGUAGCAAUCUGCAGCUUGAAUGUGAUGAUAAGUAAUCAACUCUGUUUCCA